UCUCUGAGUUGCCUAGAACUCCGUAUUAAAUUGGCAGUUAAAGUUUAUAGAUAGAUUAUCAAAACUACUGGGUCCUCAGUUUUACCUUUCUAAACUUCAUACUUCAACCUCUUCAAAUUCAGUUCUUGAAUAUGGCGUUUUCCCCAUAACCCAUAAGGCAAAGAAGGAGGUCCUUAAUCCCAAGGAGAAUCAAUGUCACUCAUGGCAAAUCUCCCCUUGGCUUCCGCUGUUGAUUCCUUCGUCGAAGCCGUGAAGGAGGAAGAAUCGAAAACUGAUGCACGAUUGGGGGAAGGCCCAUGCCAAUCAAAACCAGACCCUCAAGAACCUCCAUUUCAGUUUCUGAAAUAUUCUUAUGUUGAUGAACUUGGCAGCCUAUCCACUGCAAUUCGUGCAUUCCACUGCCGCUUCAAUGAAUUACAAGACCAUCUAGGUUUCAUUCACAACGCCAUAGAUGCACGUUUCAAACAACAUAUGUUCGAUUCUUCUAUUAUCGUCGCAACUGCAGAAAGUGGACGAAAUCCCGUUUCUUCAAGUAGUCCUAGAAGCAAUCUCCCCGAAACUCGUAGCGAUUUUGGCAAAAUUGACGGAAGAGAAGGUGUAGAUAAACAACCAGAAUCCUCCUCUCUCUCCGAGCUUCAGCAUCUCUGCGAAACCAUGUGCAGCCGUGGCUUACGCAAGUACAUAGUUUCUCAUCUCUCGGACCUCGCUAGACUCCGGCAUGAAAUUCCGCUUGCUCUACAAUGUGCUCCCAACCCAGCCAAACUUGUGUUCGAUUGCAUUGGUCGCUUUUAUCUUCAGGGCAGCAAAGCCUACACCAAGGACUCUCCUAUGAUUCCUGCUAGGCAAGCCUCCAUCCUCAUCCUAGAACUUUUUCUGAUCUCAAGUGCAGCUGAGACUAAAACCGACAAAAGAACAGAAAUUGAGCCCUCCUUGAAGGUGGAAGCUGACCUUGCUGCCAUUGCCUGGAGAAAAAGGCUUGUUACUGAAAGUGGUUCUUGUCAGGCUAGCGACAUAGAUGCCAGGGGUUUGCUUCUUUUUCUUGCGUCUUUUGGAAUUCCUACUGUAUUUACAAACGAUGAUUUAAGGGAUCUCUUACGAUCGAGUAAUUCAAAGGGAAUAUCAAAUGCCCUUCGCCGUUCACAUUUUCUUAUUUCACGUAUUCCUGACAUUAUAAAGGGGAUGAUGAACAGCAGUAAGAAUGUUGAAGCUGUUGAUAUUAUUUAUGCUUUUGGUAUGGAGGAUGUAUUUCCACCACAGGAAAUUCUGUUGUCAUUUCUCCAAGAGUGUGAUGAAACGUGGAAAAAAAGAAUAAAUGAAGUACGAGGUUCAACCAUGCAACUGAAACGAGUGAGUGAAGAGAAAUUGGCUUCUCUGAAAUGUGUUCUCAAAUGUUUGGAAGAUCACAAGUUGGAUCCUGUGAAGUCUCUUCCUGGAUGGAAAAUUCACGAAAUGAUAAAAAACUUGGAGAAGGAUAUUGUGGAACUUGGGAAAAGAAUGGAAGAUAAUGCGAGUAUGAAGCGAAAAAUAGACGAAGCUUCGACUCAGAAGUACCUGAGUCAGGAAAUAAAGCGAUUGCGAAGGGUGGCUGCAAGUAAAGGAGGAUUCCCUGAUAUGUCCUAUCCGGUGAAUGGCUUGUUGGAACAAAAUGCAGCUACAUUUUUGGAGGACAAGAGCUGUUUUAGUAGUGGUAGUAGUUCAAUCCCACAAAAGAUAUUGGAAGGUGGACGUUCUGCUCGAUUAGGUAAUUACCAAACUGCUUUGUCUUUGCGUGGACCUGGUUUGGUUGAAACCACAGUUUUGCCUGCCGACAUCGGUAGUAGUAUCUCCAGUGCUGCUGCCUCAUUCCCAAGAGGAAUAGCAAAGGGAAGGGACAGCAUUGAGGCUUCCAUUUACAACAAAAUGGGGCCAACUCGUGAGUUAGCAGCUUACAAAGAUAUAUCAGUUGGCCAAAGCUUUAUUCAACAAGCUAUGCCUACACUUAAGACAACCCCUACGCCACCACCACCAACCGUGGAGUCUUAUUCGGCUGUAGAUGGAUUCAUGGGACACACAACAAGCAAUCAUUUUGAUCUGUAUCAUUUUGCCGAUUCAGCUGUGUUCGAUAAUGAUGCACCUAAGAGCAGCAGCACUCAAACUGGCAAUUUGUCUCGUCUUCGGCUGCCUCAUCAUCACCAUCCCCCCUACUUUUACAAUUGAUCCUAAAUGUUAUUCGUUUCAUAAUAUAACAAAAAUAGCUGCUUUGAAUUCAACUUUUGGAUAGGAUUGUUGAAACGGAUUUUCUUGUCUCAGCAGCAAAGGGAUGGAUGUAUUAGUCUUUAGAUUUACUAGGCAGGCUGGUAGAAUGUUAUUUACUCAACUUAUACAUGUGAACUUUACAUUUCAGUUAUAUAACAAUGUUAUUCAUCUGUUCCUGUUCAUAGCUCAA